UUUAAAUUACUCGUUCUUUCUUUUUGAGUCUUUACAAGGGAACUACUCGCAAAUGAUAAUAUAGCUCUAACCAAAAGCAACAGCUGAUAUCACACACACCGAAGCUUUGUAAGUUUCCAAUGGCUUCCAUAACCUCUGAAAUAGCUUCUUCUUCAUUGCCCACAUGGGAGUAUGAUGUUUUUCUCAGUUUCAGAGGUGAGGACACCCGUAAUAACUUCACAGACCAUUUAUAUGCUGCCUUGGAUCAAAAAGGAAUUAAGACCUUUAGAGACAAUGAAAGACUUGAGAGAGGAAAACCCAUUUCCACGGAGCUCUUGAAUGCUAUAGAAAAGUCGAAGUUCGCAAUCAUUGUUCUAUCAAGAAACUAUGCGUCCUCGUCUUGGUGCUUAGAUGAACUUGUAAAGAUGGUUGAGUGCAAGGAAAAGACUAGGCUAACAGUGUUGCCUGUUUUUUAUGGUGUGGAUCCCUCUGAUGUACGAAAACAAACGGGCAGUUUUGCAGAGGCCUUUGCUAAACAUGAAGAUCUUAUCAAGAACGAAGAGAAGUUGCGAUCAUGGAGAGCUGCUUUGAGUCAAGUUGCCAAUCUCUCUGGAUGGGAUGCACGAAAUAAGCAAGAGUCAACAAUCAUCAAAGAGAUCGUCAGAGAAAUACUUGGUGACUUGAAUUCUUCCUACUCGUAUGUACACAAGGAUCUAGUUGGAAUAAAAUCUCGUGUUAAGAAAAUGGAGGAUUUAUGUUCAGGUAUGGGGUUGAAUGAUGUUCGCUUCAUAGGGAUUUGGGGAAUGGGUGGAGUUGGUAAAACAACUCUAGCACGAGUCCUUUAUGACAAAAUUCAUUCUCAUUUUGAUGGCAGCAGCUUUCUUGCAAAUGUUAGAGAAAAAAGUGGAAAUGGGGGAUUAGUUACUUUACAAAAACAACUUCUUUCUGAUGUCUUGUUUGAAAGCAAUAUUGAUAUUUUGGAUGCUCAACAGGGAAUCUAUGUGAUAAUGAAUAGAUUUUGUUGUAAAAGGGUUCUUGUAAUUCUUGAUGAUGUGGAUCAACUUAUACAGUUAGAAGCAUUAGUAGGCAAGCGGAGUUGGUUUGGUCAAGGGAGUGUGAUCAUUAUGACAACUAGAGAUCAACAUCUAUUACUCAGACAUGAAGUUGCUGAAGAGGAAAUAUACAAGGCUACAUUAUUAAAUGAUGAUGAAGCUCUAAAACUUUUUAGUCUAAAAGCUUUCAAGCAAGACUAUCCCUCAGAAGGUUAUGAGUUGCCAUCUCAAAAGGUUAUAUAUUAUGCUCGAGGCCUUCCUUUAGCUCUCGAAAUUUUAGGUUCCUUCCUGUUUCAUAGAAAUCUAGAUGCAUGGGAAAGUCUCUUAGGUAGACUACAAGAAUGUCCUGAAAGUAAAAUUUCAAAUGUGCUCCAAAUAAGUUAUGAUGGUCUAAGGAGAACAGAGAAAAAAAUAUUUUUAGAUAUUGCUUGUUUCUUCAAAGGAAUGACUAAAGAUCGUGUAGCAAACAUACUACGAACCCUGCAUUAUAAGCCAAACAUUGAUCUAGAUGUUCUCGUGGAAAAAUCUCUUAUAACCAUCUCUGGUGGAACGUUGUGGAUGCAUGAUUUACUACAAGAAUUGGGUAAGGAAAUUGUUCGUUGUGAAUCUCCUGACGAGCCUGGUGGACGCAGUAGGUUGUGGUUGAAGGAAGAUAUCCUUCAUUUACUAAUAGAUAGUGCAGGAACAGAAAAGGUUGAAAGCAUCUUCCUCAACUCAUCUCCAAAUAAAGAGGAUAAUGUUAAAGUCAAUUUUGAAGCCUUCUCAAAGAUGAGAAACCUAAGAUUGCUUAAUAUUCAUAACGUGCACCUUCCUCAAGGCCUCAGUUUUCUUUCAAGUGAGUUACGUCUUAUGAAUUGGCCUGGAUAUCCUUUAAAAGUCAUGCCAAGAAAUUUCCAUCCCAACAAACUUGUUGAACUCAUAAUGCCUCAUAGCCACAUCAAACAACUAUGGGAGGGAGUUUGGAGUUUAGAGUGGCUAAGAAUCAUUGACCUCAGUGAUUCUAGAGAGUUGAUCACGACCUUGGAUUUUGCUAGAGUCCCAAAUCUUGAGAAGCUGAUUCUCAAAGGUUGCACAAAAUUGUCUAUGAUUCACACAUCCCUUGGAGAUCUCAAACAUCUUAUUUUGUUGGAUUUGAACAAUUGCAAAUGUCUUAAAAGCCUUCCGUGCAAGAUUAGCUGGGAAUCUCUUCAAAUUUUUAUUCUUUCAGGUUGUUCAAAGCUGAAGAAGUUUCCAGAAAUUGUGGGGAAUAUGUCACAUUUGCUAGAACUUUAUUUGGGUGAGACUGCUAUAGAAGAUCUACCAUUAUCAAUGGAGCAGUUAACUGGGCUUAUCAAAUUGGAUCUAACAAAUUGCAAAAAUCUUUCAAGUCUUCCGAGAGUUAUUUUUAGUUUGACAUCUCUAAAUACUCUCACUCUAUCUGGUUGCUCAAAACUUCACAAAAUGCAAGGGAGCUUGGAGAAUCUUAAAGGCCUAAAGGAACUAGACAUGAGUGGUACUGGUAUAAGAGAUCUACCAUUAUCAACGGAGCAGUUACCUGGGCUUAUCAAAUUGGAUCUAACAAACUGCAAAAAUCUUUCAAGUCUUCCUGGAGCCAUUUGUAGUUUGACAUCUCUAAAAACUCUCACUCUAUCUGGUUGCUUAAAACUUGACAAUAUGCCAAUGAAUUUGGGGAAUCUAGAAGGCCUAGAGGAACUAGAUGUGAGUGGAACUGCUAUAAGAGAGCCACCUUCCUCCAUCUGUUACUUAAAAAACCUCAAAAUAUUAUCUUUCCAAGGAUGUAAUGGGGUGUCAUCUAAAUCAUGGUCAUGGAAGAAUUUGUUAAUGAGAAAAACUCCAGAUCUCAUGGGCUUGGUAUUGCCUUCUGUAUCAGGUUUGACUGCAUUAACUAGAUUGAAUAUAAGGAACUGCAAUCUUCAAGCAAUCCCUAGUGAUAUUGGCUGUUUGUACUCAUUAAAAGAAUUAGAUCUAAGUGGAAAUAAUUUUGUUUGCCUUCCUGAAAGCAUUAAUCAACUUUCUAAUUUGAAAGAAUUUUGGGUGGAGAAUUGCAAGAGUCUUCAAUUGUUGCCGGUGCUUCAAUCAGAUCCUGAAAUAUUUGUUUGGGCAAAUGGAUGUACCUCAUUGGAAACGUUACUCCCAUUAAAAAUAGAACGUGAUAUUUUUUUAUAUCUUCUCAAUUGUUUCCAAUUGGUUGAAAAUCAAGGCCGCUGUGACUUGUUCACUACAAUGCUAAGAGAACAUUUUCAGGGAUCAACUUUAAAAGAAAGAUUUGAUGUUGUUAUUCCUGGAAGUGAAGUUCCGAACUGGUUUAGGCAUCAAAGUGAGGGGGCUUCAAUAAAUCUGGAAGUGCCUUCAUAUUUAUUUAAACAAUUUAGAGGAAUUGCUCUCUGCGCUGUUUUUGAACCCCGCCAGCAUCGUCCACCUAGCCCCCAUGGUUAUUACCUUCACCUUUCGUGUUACUUUAAAGCCAAUGGAAAGUUAGGAGGGUAUAUACCAUGGGUAAGAUUUUGGGAAAAGUCUGAUACGGCUGAAUCGGAUCAUCGUUGGUUCAUGUAUUUGCUCCCUAAUUUUUUCGAACACUCCUUCCCAAAAAAAUCUUUUCAAAUUGCUGAUGGAUCCAGCUGUCAACUUGCGAUUGAAUUCAAACCCUUGGGUCCAGACUCGAGGGAGGUAAAGAACAUGAUAGAGAUAAAGAAAUGUGGGGCCCAUGUGGUAUACGAGGAAGAAAUGGAAGAUCUGAAACAAAGCAUGAGUCCGAGUGAGUGUAGUAGCAGCGUCAUUCCUUAUAAUGAGGAUGUAGACGUUGAUCAUUUUGAAGAGGAUAUCAAAAGGAAGCGAAGUCGUGAUGAUGAGAACGAGAAUGGAGGUAGUGGAGAAGGUAGCUCUACUCACAUACCACACCCUAAGACUAAGAGAGUACGACCCUCUGAUGGUGAGUGAGGUCUCUCCGUGACAGUCAGACAUCAAAUAGUGGCUUUCAGGAAUCUGGGCCCUCUUUAUUAGAACUCUUUUCUAUGCCACAUUAUCACAAGCAUUUUGUCAAGAAGGUCGGGGCCUCUAUAGACUCUCAUCCCAUAUGAGUCCCCCAAUAUCUUGCUGUUGUCAUUGUCAACUUGAAUCAGGGCUCUGUUGUCAACACCAUAAAUUUUCAUGCGUUGAAACAAACUUUGCUUCUUGUUGUGGAAUGCUGUCGCUGGUAAUAAGCUGUACACUUUUGAGGGGCAUAAAGCACCAGCUUACUCCAUGUGCCCUCAUAAUAAGGAAAACCUUCAUGCUAUUCAUAUGUGAGACUAGUAAAGGACAACCAUACCUUGUGGAAUUGGAUGAAUGUUAGACAGCUAUCAAGCUUGUAUAUCAUGGUUUUUGGAGGCAGUCUGUGGUGGUUGUGCCAUUUGAUACAAUGAAGAACUGGUUCCUGGCUACUAGAUAUGCGUACAAAUUAAAAUUUUGGGACAUGGACAAUGGUUACCUCUUGACAAUUACUGCUGCAGAGGGUGGAUAACUGGCUGCUCCUUGCAUUCAAUUUUACAAGGAAAGGAUACUGCUUGCUGUAUCAACAAGUGAAAAUGGAAUCAAAAUACUUGCAAAUGCUGAAGGUGUAUGGCUUCUGCGUGCUAUUAAAGAUCAAGCUGUUCAUACCUCCAUAGUGGAUCCUGCAACUAUUGCAAAGGCACCGGUAAUUAGCUCCUUUGGUGCUUCCUAUUCAACUGCUUGAACAAGCACUUGAUAUUAGGCGAAGUCCACAGAAACAUUGAAGCUUUUGAUUUUCCAAAGAAUUUUCUUAUCAAAAUAUUCAGAAGAAUAUUUCAGGAGCUUAAAUUUUUAUUGACGUCUAUGCCUAUGUUCAGUUGACAUGUCUGCAUCUGGAUGAAAAGAUGCCUUCCGUGGAAGAUCUUGCUUAGGCCUAAAGCAUGUCUGUUAUGUAAAUGUCUUUUCGUGUGCUUGCUAUUAGUCGUUUUUUUUUUUUUUUUGGUUGGUAGUCUGAGAUAUUGUUAACAAUGGCAUCUAUGCUAUAGAUUUCUCAAUCAGUUUUGAGUCUCUCUUAUGUAUCAUUGCAACAGCAUUCUGUGCUUUAAACAAAAAGGGCAAAGUGCUAAAUGUAGCAAUUUGUUGGA